CUCUUCUUCCGAUACGGGCGAUGGCGGCGCUGGGCCUGAGCAGAGCCCUCAACUACCUCCAGGGCUCCGUGAGCAGCGCAGCCUGGCGGAUAUUUUCAGGCAUCCCAAGAGGAAAUGUAGAGCUGGUUCGGAAUUAUUAUGCCGAUUGGCGAAUGCUUCGGGAUGUGAAAAGGAGGAAAAUGGCCUUUGAUUACGCAGACGAAAGGAGGAGAAUUAAUGCAAUCCGAAAAAACACAAUCUUACCCAAAGAACUGCAGGAAGUGGCUGAUAAAGAAAUUGCAGCUCUUCCAAGAGACAGCUGCCCGGUUCGUAUCCGCAAUCGAUGUAUCUUCACGUCCAGGCCAAGAGCUGUUAAACGCAGGUGGCGUCUCAGUAGAAUUGUCUUCCGCCAUCUUGCUGACCAUAAUCAGAUGUCUGGCAUUCAGCGAGCCAUGUGGUAGAGGGACCUAUCUCCACUGGGUCUGUAGGUGUUAUUAAAGGGUGGCCAGAUUGGCAUGAAUCACCCAAGACUAGAGCCAUAAGAUGUUCAGUGCUGUGCUCAAAGGCUGGUCAACUGCAUGUGAGAAAUGAUGGAAGGCGAGUGCUCCUCACUUUACCUGGUAUUCAUUACUAAUUCAACUGGUGCAUUUAAAUUCAAGUGAAUUUAAUAGAAAAUUGAACAGAACUUGUGCAGAUGGUCCACUUGGGCGAUUAAACCCUUUAUACAGAUCAGACUUGUGCGAGUUUUACUGCAGUUUUGUUUAAAUGAAGAUACUGCCCUUUAAUAGUAUUCCUUUAAGUCUUAUGGAGUUUGUGCACAUUUCGCCCUUUGUGAUGUGCGUUAGCAGAGGAGUUGCCACGUGUACGCUCGAGUCCACAAUUACAUGCUCUGUGACUUUGUCCAAAGGUUGUUUUUCUGCAAUGCUGUUAUGUGACUUUGAAAUGACCCAUUAAUUCAACUCAAUAAAGUACAUUUAAAGGG